AUGAAAUUAAAAAAAAAUCAUACAAAUUAUAAUACUCCUUCAUGCUCUGUAAAAGUUUUCAAAUUUAAAGAAAAAGAAAGAUAUCAAAUAAAUAUUAUUGAUAAAACAGAAAAAGAUAACAGUAAUAAUACUGCUUCAGUAUAUUUAUCUACAAAUGACACAUCUGGAGAUAUUAAAGAUGAUGAAAAUGAUAACCUAUUAAUAGAUUGCCAUAAGUCACCUAAUCGAAAAAGUAGUGGAACAACAAUUUUAGGAGAAACAAAAUAUGCAGAAAAAAUAAGAGAAGAAAAGAUAGGAAAUAUAAAUUUAGCAAUAACUUUUUUGAAUCGUUUUGGACUUUUUUAUUCUCUUACUGCAUCUAUUAUAAUAACAGGAAUUAAACCAUUAAUUAAUAUAAUAUAUAUGAUAAUAUUUAUAGAACGAUCAAAAAUGCAUACUGAUAUGUUAAAAAAGAUGGAUGAUUUAGAUCUUAGUUUUAGAUCAGCUUUUAAAGUUUCUCCAAAUGUUAAACCAUAUAAAAUUGUUUUUAUUUUGGCAAUAUUAAUUACAAUUAUUGUCACAACUACAUUAAGAAUUAUUGAACAUGCAGCAACACAACAAGGAACAUACUAUUUUUCAAAACAAUUUAUAUUUAGUCUUAUUGUUAUUCCUCUUUUAUCAAUUUGGAAUUUAAUUCCAUUAUUAUAUUAUGAAAUUUGUAAUCGUCUUGUACGAUUUUGGUGUAGAAAUUUAGCACAAAAUAUUGAAAGAGAAACACAAAGUAGAAAAUUUACUAUACGGUUUUAUUAUGAACAAUUUCUUAAAAUUACUAAACUUCAAAGAUCUAUGGGAAAUACAUUUAAUCCAUUUAUAUUUUUUUGCCUUGCAUGGUCUUUAAUUCUUCUUUGUUUUACAAUAUAUCUAUCAACAGAAAAAAUUGAUAAUUUAGUUGAACCAUUACCUGAUUUAUCAAGAAAUAAUAUUUCUGAAAAAAUUUCUAGGAGAAUAUUAACACAACGUGUAAUUUUUACCUUACUUUGGACUGCUGUUCAAGUUGUUUUAUCACUAAUAAAUAUAUUUGUUAUUUGUGCUACAGGAAUGAAAACAAAUGAACAGACUAGAAAAAUUGUUAAUGCAAUUCUUGGUGUUGUACCAAUAAUAGAAACAGAAAGUGACAGAUUUCAGGUACAAUGUUUUAUACAUAAAAUGCAAACACAAUAUAUAUGGGGAAUGAAUGUUUGGAGAACGGUACCACUAGAACGGACCACAUUUUUUACUAUAGUUAGUGUUAUCGUAACAUAUUCUGUUUUACUUUUCAAGUUACAAGAAAGUAGACAAAUUGCGCCUUCAGUUCAAAAAGGAAUUAAUAUAACACAAUCAUAA